AUGCCUCCAAGGCUUUCUCUUCACCAGCUAGGGAGGUCCAUUCAAAAUUUUCCUGUCGCUGUCGCCCAGCCCGCCGCCAGAUUCGCACGAUGCUUCUCAAACCAAGGACCCUCGCUUGCGCAGCCCCCGCGGAGUUGGACACCGACGCCAUUCGUGACCGAGACAGUGGGAGGUGGCUGGCACACUUAUGACAUAUUUUCUCGGUUAAUGAAGGAACGCAUCAUCUGUCUAAAUGGCGAAGUCGACGAUACCCUCUCCGCAUCGAUAGUCGCACAGCUCCUCUUCCUCGAGGCCGAUAACCCUGCCAAACCAAUCCACCUUUACAUCAACUCUCCGGGAGGCUCAGUAACAGCUGGCCUUGCAAUCUACGAUACAAUGACAUAUAUCGCCUCUCCUGUGAGCACAAUCUGUGUCGGCCAAGCAGCCUCGAUGGGCUCUCUCCUUCUCGCCGGCGGCGAAGCUGGCAAACGAUACUGUCUCCCGCACUCGUCGAUCAUGGUGCACCAGCCCUCGGGCGGCUACUUUGGACAGGCAUCCGACAUCGCCAUCCACGCGAAAGAGAUCCUCCGUGUCCGCACUCAGCUCAAUGAGAUCUACCAACGCCACCUGACUGGCAAGAAGCAGUUGUCCCUUGAUGAGAUCGAGAAGCUUAUGGAGCGCGAUUACUUCAUGGGUGCUAAGGAAGCGCUCGAGCUGGGAGUUAUUGAUGAAAUCCUGGAACGUAGAGUCCAGGGAAAGGAGGGUGCCGGGGAAGAGUCCAAGCCUCCUACUGCGUAA